UUGCCGAACGUCUCUCCUGGGAGGACGCGCGCGUGGGUAGAAAAUACCCGGCGCUUAUUAAAUGAUGUGUAUAUUCUCCAAAUGUCGAUUAAAUCGGGGAAUCCCUUGUAUACCUCUCGAGUAGAGUGUAACAGAAGUACCUAUGCUCAGGCGAUAUUAUUAUACCGUUCUCGAUCAGUGCUAGGGUCUGAUUUAUGCGAAGUGGACAUUUUUUACCCGGCGCGCGUCGAUACGUGACUAAAUUGUUACCAUUUUAUUUCUGUGUUUUGUGUCUUUUAUUAGUUUUUGGUGAAUUGUGGUUAUUAUUGAACAGUUGUCGCAUUAUUUCAAUUUUAUCAGUUCGAGUUCCAUAGAUAAUGGAUUCUCAGCCAGGGCCAUCAAAUAUCAGUAAAUGGGUGGAUAGAAGGCCUUUAACUAAAAAAGAUCUAGAAGAGGAAAUAAGGAAAAUAAUGGAGGAGGAGAGUGAUGACAAUGAAAUUCCACCAACUGAAUCAGAUAGUGAAGUUGACCACAUUUCAGUAAGCGACCAUCUUACCGACACUGACGCAGACGAACCAUCAGAAGAUGAAGGCAAUUUUUACGAAUCAAGCUCGGCAGGUACUCCAUCUUCUCACUUUUAUCUGGGGAAAGAUGGUACACGUUGGUCCAAACAACAUCCACCAAUAAAUGUAAGGACUAGAGCCCAUAAUUUAGUGACCCAUCUACCGGGACCGAAAGGAAAAGCAAAGGAUGCAACUACUCCUUUUGAAGGUUGGAAUUGUAUGAUUUCUGAUAAUAUGAUAAACCAUAUUGUUAGAUAUACCAACAUAUACAUAGAUUUGUCGCGAGGAAAAUUUGUUAGGGAGAGAGAUGCCGCUCCUACAGACCAACGAGAGAUGAAAGCACUUUUCGGUUUGCUGUACUACGCUGGGGUACUGAAGUCUGGGAGACUCAAUACAAUGGAAUUGUGGGAAAAAGAUGGAUCUGGUGUGUGA